AUGAGAUUCCUGGACAAGAUUAUAGCUGGCGAUUUCAACGCAGUUGUCGGCUCCCGAUUGGACGAUACGGAAUACCUCAUAGGAAGGUACGGUGCGGGAGUAAGAAACGACAGAGGAAACCGUUUGAUCGAAUUUGCAGAACAACAUCAAUUCUCAAUAAUGAACACUUUCUUCGAGAAGAAAGCGAAGCGUCUCUGGACAUGGAGAAGCUCAGACACGAGAACUCUGAGGCAAAUUGAUUAUGUGCUGACCGAUACGCCAAGAUUGUUUGCUGACGUCUCUGUUAUAGGGGAAAAUGUGAUAACGACUGGCUCCGAUCAUCGGCUUUUGCGUUCGGUGAUCCUCUUCGAUGCCAAGAAAGAACGUCGAGUUCUGCAUUCGCAAAGAACACUCGUACGACAAACUUUCAAUGCCGAUAUGUAUGCUGCGAUGAUAGAGUCGUCAGAUCUACACAUGAAUACCGGAAGCAAUAUCGAUGCCGACUAUGAAGAUCUAGUGGGAAAAAUAACUCAGGCCGUGAAAGCAUCGAGCAUAGCAAUAGAGCCCGCAAGGCGACGACGUAUAUCGACAGAAACACUGCAGAUGAUGAAGAGGAGAGCACGCAUGAAGGCUGAAGGACGAGUGCAAAAUGAGGAAUACCGGACACUCUGUGAAGCGAUAAGGGAAAGAAUCAAGUGCGACUAUGAAGGCUACAGACAAAUGAAACUUCGCGAAGCAGCUGAGAAAAGGGCUAGCCUGAAAGCUGUAGAAAGGGAUAUCCGUCUAAGGCAACAUAUACCCUAUGCUCUCAAGGACGAUACAGGUGUUAGAACAACCAACCGCCCACGAAUGAACGAGAUAUGUCCUCAAAGUAGGCAACUAGAAAGGGACAUGCGCAAACUACACCAACCAUUGCCAUCAUUCCAUGACAAGUUGGACAUCUUUGAUUCGUAG